AGUGGUCUGUGCCUGAGGUUGGACACGUUGUGGUCAGAGCAGAUUUGUUAUAGCUACCUGAGAGAAGAGGGGGGGGGCUCACCUGUGAAACGAAGCGCGCUCUCACUCAGAUCUCAUAAAGUCCGCUCGGGUUUCGCUUUCUGGUGAUACAUUAACGAAAACAAAACGUGACGCGGCGUCUUUUGGCAGCGGAUAAAUAAUUAACCUGACUACUUCAGCCGCAGUGUAGAGAGGAGCUGGCAUGAGGAGCUGAGCCAAGCGGAGUGCGCCUCCCGCCCGGCUGCGCACCGAGACAAAAACAAAGCAGAUCUACAGGUGUUUUUUUUUGUUUGUUUUUUGUUUUGUAUUUUUGCUGUUUCAUGUCAUUUGACCUGGACACACUGCGCUGUGAACAUGCUCGGAGCGGAGAGCAGGCUGGAAAGCCGGUUGAAGAAGUUGGAGUCCCUGAUGAGGAACCCACAGUCGGCACUAAACUUGGAAACAUUACUGGAUUCGAUGAACGCAUUGGCUCAUGACCUGAACUAUCCUGCCCUGCGGAAAAACAAAAACAUAGAGGCGUUUCUUAACCGAUAUGAAAAGGCUGUGAGUCAGCUGCGGGAGCUGCAAGUGAAGCUUGACGACUUCGAGAAAGUGAAGCUGAUCGGGAGAGGAGCCUACGGAGAAGUGCAGCUGGUCCGCCACAAGGCCUCUCAGAAGGUUUAUGCCAUGAAGAAGCUCAACAAAUUUGAGAUGAUCAAGCGGUCAGACUCUGCUUUCUUCUGGGAGGAGAGGCACAUCAUGGCCUUUUCCAGCAGUCCGUGGGUGGUGCAGCUGUGCUGUGCUUUCCAAGAUGACCGCUACCUCUACAUGGUGAUGGAGUUCAUGGCUGGAGGGGACCUGGUUACACUCACCAUGAACUACGACAUACCUGAGAAGUGGGCGCGCUUCUACACGGCCGAGGUGGUGUUGGCGCUGGACGCCAUCCACUCCAUGGGCUUCAUCCAUCGUGACAUUAAACCUGACAACAUGCUGCUGGACCAACACGGGCACCUCAAACUGGCCGAUUUCGGCACAUGCAUGAAGAUGGACUCGACAGGUAUGGUGCACUGUGACACAGCUGUAGGCACACCGGACUACAUCUCCCCCGAGGUGCUCCAGUCUCAGGGUGGUGAUGGUUACUACGGCCGGGAGUGUGACUGGUGGUCUGUAGGAGUGUUUAUCUACGAGCUGCUGGUUGGUGAAACUCCCUUUUAUGCAGAGUCCUUAGUUGGAACUUAUGGGAAGAUCAUGAACCACAAGAACUCGCUCAUCUUCCCAGAUGAUGUAGAGAUGUCUCAGGAUGCCAAAGAUCUCAUCUGUGCCUUCCUUACUGACAGGGAGGUUCGCCUGGGCCGCACCGGAGUGGAUGAGAUCAAAUCCCAUCCUUUCUUCAAGAACAAGCAGUGGACCUUUGACAACAUCCGAGAGACUGUGGCUCCAGUUGUGCCAGAGCUGAACAGUGACAUAGACACCAGUAACUUUGACGACAUAGAAGAUGAUAAAGGAGCUGUUGAGACCUUUCCUCCACCCAGAGCCUUUGUGGGCAACCAGCUACCGUUUGUCGGCUUCACUUACUUCAAAGAGGACCAGUUGCUAAAGGUAACUAACAACUACACUGAGGAGGAUUCAGGGGACAGUAAGGAAAACUCUGAGGAUAAGGAGCAUUGUUCUAAUAAUAAUAAAGAGCUGCAGAAAAAGCUUCACCAACUGGAGGAGCAGCUCGAUCAUGAGAUGCAGGCCAAAGAUGAGCUGGAGCAGAAGUGCAAAAAUGCCACCAACCGCUUAGACAAGCUGGUAAAAGAAUUAGAUAAGGAGAUGAGCAGCAGGCAUAAAGUCGAGGCCUCGCUGAGGCAGCUGGAAAGAGAGCGAGCUCUGCUGCAGCACCAGAGCGCAGAGAACCUGCGCAAGGUGGAGAUCGAAACCGACAGAAAGCGCAGCCUGGAGAAUGAAUUGAACACCUUGCGGGACCAGCUAGAGGAUCUUCGGAAGAGGAACCAGAGUUCACACAUCUCCAAUGAAAAGAACAUCCAGCUGCAGAGACAACUCGAAGAGGCCAACGCUGUGCUUCAGGCUGAGCAGGAGGCAGCAGCACGGCUGAAGAAGAGUCAGGCAGAGGUGCAGAAACAGGCUCAGAGCCUGGAGGUCAGCCUCAGGGAGAUGCAGGAAAAGUGCAGCCAGCUGGAAAACGGAAAGAUGGAGCUGGAGAAGCAGCUGAUGGGGCUGCAGGCUGAGCUGGAGGAGGAGAGAAGAGACCAUAACCUCAGGACAGAAACUAUUGCUGACCUGCAGGGUCGCAUCUCUGGCUUGGAAGAAGAUGUGAAAGAGGUGAAGUCAUCUCUCUCCAAGGUCCAGACUGAAAAGAAGCAGCUGCAGGAGAAGCUCAAUGACCUCGAAAAGGAGAAGAGCAACCAAGAGAUUGAGUUGACGUUCAAACUGAGGUCGCUCCAGCAGAGUCUGGAGCAGGAGGAGGCAGAACACAAGGCCACCAAAGCCAAGCUUGCAGAUAAAAACAAGAUCUACCAGUCCAUUGAGGAGGCAAAGUCUGAGGCAUUAAAAGAGAUAGAGUGCACCCUGCAGGAGGAGCACAGCUUGAAGCUGCAGGUGGAGGGAAAGCUGCUGCAAUUAGAGAAGGACCACUCCAUGCUGGACUGUGACUACAAGCAGGCGCGGCACAAACUGGACGAGCUGCAGGCACAAAAGGAGAAACUCUCUGAAGAGGUAAAGAACCUGAGCUUGCGUCUGGAGCAGGAGGUCCACAAGCGGAGUCUAAGCCAGAGUGAUCUGAAGAUGCAGAAGCAGCAGGUUUCUGUGCUCCGCUCAUCAGAGAAGCAGCUCAAACAGGAGCUCAAUCACCUGCUGGACAUGAAGCAGGCCUUGGAGAAACAGAACCAGGAGCUACGCAGGGAGAAACAGGAGGCAGGUGGCCAGCUGAAGGAACUGCGGGACCAGCUGGAGGCAGAGCAGUAUUUCACGACCCUUUACAAGACGCAGAUCCGUGAGCUGAAGGACGAGUGUGAUGAGAGGAGUAAACUUUGUAAAGAUGCAGAGCAGCGACUGGCAGAAUAUGAGGAGGAGAGGGAAUCCCUAACAGCCCAGCUGGAGGCCAGUUUGACCAAGGCGGACUCUGAGCAGCUGGCUCGCUCUAUUGCUGAGGAGCAGUACUCCGAUCUGGAGAAGGAGAAAAUCAUGAAGGAGUUGGAGAUCAAAGACAUGAUGGCAAGACACAAGCAGGAGCUCAGCGAUAAGGAGGCCACCAUCAGCUCGCUGGAGGAGUCCAACCGCACUCUAACGGUGGAUGUGGCCAACCUGGCCAGUGAGAAAGAGGAACUCAACAACCAGCUGAAAGAAAUGCAGCAACAGUUACAGAAAGCCAAGGAGGCGGAGAAGCAGAUGAACUCACUCAAAGUGUCCUUUGAAAAGCAGCUGCAGAAUGAAAGAACACUAAAAAUUCAGGCCGUCAACAAGCUGGCGGAGGUGAUGAACAGGAGGGAGACGGGGCGAGGAGGCCACCGAAGCAUCGACACUGAGGUGCACAGGAAGGAGAAGGAGAACAGGAAGCUGCAGCUGGAGCUGAGAGCGGAGAAGGAGAAACUCAACAGCACCAUCAUCAAAUACCAGAAAGAGAUGACAGAGAUGCAGGCGCUGAUAGCAGAAGAAAACCAGGUACGUCUGGAGCUUCAGAUGGCGUUGGACAGUAAAGACAGCGACAUCGAGCAGCUUCGUUGCCAACUCACCUCCCUCAGCAUUCACUCUCUGGACUCCACCAGCAUCAGCAGUGGCAACGACCUGGACGUGGGUGAAGGAUACCCAGACUCCAGGCUGGAGGGCUGGAUUUCACUUCCCACCAAGAACACAAAGCGGUUUGGCUGGGACAAAAAAUAUAUCGUUGUGAGCAGUAAAAAGAUCCUGUUUUACAACAGCGAGCUAGACCGAGAGCAGGCUAACCCCUUCAUGACCCUGGACAUCGAUAAGCUGUUUCAUGUUCGACCUGUCACUCAUACUGAUGUGUACCGUGCAGAUCCCAAAGAAAUUCCAAGGAUAUUCCAGAUCCUGUACGCCAACGAAGGCGAGAGUAAACGAGAACCGGAGGUUGUAAUGGAGCCCACAUCGUACGGUGAUCGUCCCUCCUACAUCAGCCACAAGGGCCACGAGUUCAUCCUCACGCUCUACCACUUCCCCACCAGCUGCGAGGCCUGCACUCGGCCCCUGUGGAACGUGUUCAAGCCUCCGCCGGCCCUCGAGUGCCGCCGAUGCCACACCAAGUGCCACAAAGACCACCUGGACAAAAAGGAGGAAGUUAUUGUGCCCUGCAAGGUGAACUAUGACAUGUCCACUGCCAAAGAGCUGCUUCUGUUGACCAGCUCUCAGGAGGAGCAGCAGCGCUGGGUCAGUCACCUCCUCAAACGGAUCCCGAGGAAACACCCGACAAUGAGUCCUCCUGCUACAGCACAAAACACCUCUCCUGAAGCAACGUCACGUUCCUCCCCACGAGUCUCUCCUCGACCUUCACCCAGGGGUUCGCCUCAUAUGUCAGCACAUCGCGGAGCUAUCAAGAUCCAGUCCAGCAAGCAGCAGCACCCAUCGGGGAAGCCUAGAUUGCUUGAGUUUGGCCUGAAAGACUGGACUUGGUCGUUGGAUGAUGUCGAUAAUGAUGAUGAUAUGUUCUUCUGAAGGAAGUGAAAGGGAGGGGGACAGAGGGUAACUGGACCUCUGCAUGUGCGUUUGCAGUUAGUAGGAGGCCUUAAUGGGGCCAGAAGCAUGUUUUUGUGUGAUUUUGAAAAUUUACAGUUGAGUGGAAAACAUUGUUGGUACAAUAAUAGAUAGGCAGAUUUGGGAAUUAUCUUGGUCUGCAUGUUCGUAAGAAGUAAAAAAUUUCCGGUAACUACACAGCUAUAAAGCCUAUCUUAGCUUAGCAUGAAGAGUAGAAGCAGUGGAAAACAGUUAGCCUGGCUUUCUCCGAAGCUAACAAAAUCUCCAGCCAAGAAAUGGUCCAGUACUAUUUUUUAUUUGCAUUUUUAUGCUGAGUUAGUCUAAGCUCUGCUGCCUGUUGCUCAAUAUUUCAUAUUUCCUGUGAGAAUCGAGUCUAGAAAGCAAACAAGCACAUUUCCCAAAAUGUGCUCAAUAUAUUUACUUCUUACAGACAUGCAGACCAAGAUUAGUCCCAUAUCUGUCUGCUUUUUAUGCAUUUCACUCAUGAAUUGUGUGGUUACUGGAAAGCUUCCUUGUGUAAUAUGUGUGGAUUGUGUGUGGGUGUGCCUUUGAAGUCCAGCCAUUCUGUUGGUACCAUCUCAGGUUUUUACAUCAUUUUCUUUCUC